UUAAGUGGGAAAGCUGAAGGAAUGCUGUCAGUUCCUGCAUGGGCCCCACAGUAAAGCACCUUAUAGAUGGAUGAGAGUCUAGUUCUGGGUAUUUACAAGUGUAUUGUACAGAACAGAGUCACACAUCAGGACAGGGUCCUCACUGGUAGAGCUGCUUGUCAUUCAUCUUUUGCUGCGAAUGCCCGCGUCUGACAUCAUUUCUGCAGGAGGGAGGGCAGGAGGCAGCCGCCGCCGCCGCCGGACGGUUGCACCCGGGCGGAGAGCCGCCGCCGGCCCCCGGCAGGCAGAUGACUUGCAUUAUUGUCUGCUUAGAUGCCAUCUGUGCAACAAAUGAAACUCUGGAAAAAAACUAACCACAAGACAAGAGAGUGCAGUGAGAAGACUGGUACAUAUUACAAUGAAAAUAUUUUGAUGUGGUAUUAUACAAAACCACAAAAUAUCUUCCUUUCCUUCUUCCUUCCUUUCAUUCAAGUAAGGCUCAGUAGAGAGCCAUGAAUGACAUUUCUAGAAGCAGAAUGCGGCUGGUAGAUUCAGAAGAUCUUGAGUCAUGUGGUGGAAUCGGCUCUUUGGAGGAGGUUACCACUUCUGGUUCUUGUUGUGGCUGAAAAGAUCUAUCUUGGACUGAAGUCUCCUCAGCUCAAGGAUGUUGAUUCUUCUGGCUUUCAUUAUUGUGUUUCACAUAACCUCAGCAGCACUGCUGUUCAUCUCAACUAUUGACAAUGCCUGGUGGGUAGGAGAUAAUUUUUCUACAGAUGUCUGGAGAAUGUGUACCACAAACACUAGCACCUGCAGAGCUAUAACUGAUCAAUUCAGAGAGUAUCAAUCAAUUCAGGCUGUUCAGGCCUCCAUGAUCCUAUCUACUAUUUUCUGUUGCGUGGCUUUUCUGGUUUUCAUUCUUCAACUCUUCCGUCUAAAGCAAGGAGAAAGAUUUGUGUUAACCUCUAUUAUCCAGCUCCUGUCAUGUCUGUGUGUUAUGAUUGCAGCUUCCAUUUAUACAGAUAGGCAUGAAGAACUGCACAAGAGCAAUGAAUAUAUCCCUGAAGUUUCUGAAGGCCAAUAUGGCUAUUCCUUCGUCUUAGCCUGGAUUGCAUUUGCCUUUACUCUGAUCAGCGGCAUUAUGUACCUAAUAUUAAGGAAGCGUAAAUAAAUGUCAGCAGCUAGUUAUUUCUGUCACUACAGUACAAAACCAAAUUCCAAUAACCAUUUUGUAUAUAAUCAUUUACAUGGUUUUGUAGUAAAGGUAUUGUUUCUCUAAAAAUGUACUGUGUUCUUGAUAUGAAACAGAAUACCAAAAAAUGGCAGGUUUAAUGGAAUGCCUGGCACCAGCAGAUCAGGGGGCUGAGCAGGACAGAGGCAAGUUUUUUUUUCCUUUUUUUUUUUUUUUUUUUAAACAUAUUUCAUCAUCAUCAAUGGCUUUCCAUUUACUAGGCAUUAACAGUUUGUUCUUGGCCUCUGCCAGAUUACAAAUAAAACCUCUGCAAAUUAAUUUGUAAGCAAUAUGCUAACCAUAUUCCUGGCCCAGAUCUAGCCCUUUGGGAUGGGAAAAAUAUAGGGGAGUCAAAAAUUAGACCAAAAUCACAGUGCAAAAGCAAACAAUUUUAAAAGCCCAAAACUGCAAUCAGCAUGCCUGUUCUAGCAGAAGACUAGUGUUCUGCUAUUUAUAACAUGCAGUAAGUGUCAUCGAGCUUUUAUUAAAACCACUUGCUUUGCAAAAGUAAACAACUCCUUUUUGUACUCCAGCAAAUCAUUCUCUUGAUUCUCCUUCACAUUUCAUUUAAGCAUACAGAGCCUUUGGCAAGAGAAGUUACCAGCAAAUGCAGUGUACAACUUGGGACUGGAGUAGUCUGAGGAGUAAGAGAUAUUCCACUCAAGUCCUAUAUCCCUCUAUUUUUGCAUUGUGCAGUCUUUCCGGGGGAAAAAAAAAAAAAAGAAAGAAAAAAAAUGGCCAAACUCAACAUGUUUAUUACACUGGGCUUUGAUUAGAUAGUAAUUUCCUGGCUAAUAUAUCAUUUACAAAAGCAUUCCCUGAGUCUGCCCACUAGGAAAUUGGCCUUUACCAAAAUAAUUCUAAAUUCUUUUGUGGAUUUUACUUGAAAAGGAAAGAAAUCAGAGUGUAAUAGUUUUGUUUAUGAGUUCCAGGAUAGUUUUUCAAAAUAAAACGACUUGGUGAUUUUUAUUUCUCAAUAACUUUGUGAGAGAAAUCUCUACUGUAAUACCAGGCUUAACUGUUCAGCAGUAUAAUACUAGCUUUGGCUAAUGGUGAUUUCAGAGUUUGGAGACCAAGGUGGAGAAUGAAUGAAGUUGCUUUUUCUGGUUAGUCACAGUUUUGAUGUUUAAAUACAGAUUUGACUUUGUAAAAGCACUAACCAUGUAUUUACUUCAGUAUGUUCUCUACAGCUGGCCCAAUACAUAGGCAAUAAAAAAUAAAUAGGUCUUGGAUGAGGUUUUACUCUUAAUACAGAAUAAAGUUGUUAUUACAAAA